AUGCAGGACAGUCGAAAAACGUCUCCGCGUUUGGGUGAUUCCACAUUAUAGGGUAAUCAAGAUUACAAAGCUUCGUGGAUGAGUAAACAUUCUAAACUCCAGACUAGACAACAUUGUGCAGCACGCCUAACUCAUUGCGAGAGAAGAAGUGCGAACUCUGAAGAGCCAAUGACCAAUUGAUGAUUUGUCGGUUCCGGAGUCCCGAUAUUGGUAACCAUACUGCAAAAUGGCGUCCCUCCACCGCUCAAUGACGAUGCGCUCAACCAUAAAACCACCAUAUAUGUCUUUCUCCUUUCGUUCUACUCUAUCUUGUAGAUCACAGCUUUCUCAAGACUUCAAUUACCCACUCAGGUCUGCUUCCAUAAUUCCUAAACGCAGCUACUCAAUGGCUCGACCGACUGGCCUCAUCGCCUCCAAGGGCAUUGAGCUCCUCAGCUGGGGUACACCCAACGGCGUCAAAGCCCAUAUCCUUCUUGAAGAGCUCCGCGACGCAUAUGGAUUAGACUACACCAUACAAAGCAUCGACAUUGGACUCAAUGUUCAAAAGGAGCCUUGGUUCACUGCCAUCAACCCCAAUGGCCGUAUCCCUGUUCUUGUUGACCAUGACAACAAUGAUCUCGCUGUCUUCGAAGGCAAUGCGAUACUAAGCUAUUUGACAAGGAAAUACGAUUCAGAGAAUAAGUUAUCAUUCAAGAUUGACGACGAUGACUAUACUCGUGCCGAGUCGUGGGUUGGUUGGCAGCAUGGUGGAAUUGGGCCUAUGGAAGGACAAGCGUUCCAUUUCAUUGGUGUCAAGCCAGAAAUCCCAUACGCUAUACAGCGUUACGUCGGCGAGACAGAGCGUCUCUUUGGGGUCCUUGAUAAGCGUCUCUCAGAUCGAGACUACAUCGUUGGGCCCGGUAAAGGUCGCUACUCCAUCGCAGAUAUCGCCCUGAUCGGCUGGGCAGAUCGCCUGCCAGGCACAACAAUUUCGUAUGAUCAGUUCCCGAAUGUUAAAGCAUGGCUUGCUCGUAUACUUGAGAGACCUGCUGUGAAGCGGGGCUUGUUACUUCCGAGUGGUAAAGACAAACCGACAGGAUUGGAUCCUGUGGAUGAAGAGACGAUGAGGAAACGUGCAGAGCUUAAGGAGGUUGUUGACAAGGCUAAGGAGCAAUUUGGAUACAAGUAUUCCUCGCCGUAAAUGGAUGCUAUCUCAGGGUACGGGAGAGUUAUGCGAAGGAGCCGUUGCAUUUUGAGAGGCAGGUAUCCAAGAGCAUGUAGUCCGUAAUCAAAUAAUAUAGAUUUCCAAAUGCAGUGUCGCAAUAAGUUGGCGUAAAGUUGAGCCAACUCAUUCGUU